UCCGCGAAAUAUCAAACUUUCCUCUCUCUCUCUCUAAAACCCUUCUAAAACCUUCAGUUAUUACAGAUUAUCCAUUUCUCCACCACCACCACCGCCACGGCCACGGCCACGGCCACCGUAGCAAAAUGUCUUGAAUUCAGCUGAAAACUCAGUCCUCCAUCAUAUUAUCUCCUCUUUGUCUUGUUGAAAAUUAAUGGCAUCUCUCGACAUUUCUACCCCUCUUAUCUUCAAACUCAACUCCACCACUCCUGACCUCUCUAAUCUCUUCAACAUCAAACGACGCUCUUUUCUUUACAAGCACAAAUACAUUCACAAUCACAGUCUCUCAAUCUUCGCGCGAGCCACUUCAGUUUCUACUCCUAUUACCACCACCACCACCCGAUUCAGGCCUCGAAAAGACAAUGUCGACACUGAACAAGACUCCAUUUCAGUCCUCAACGAGAGGAUUUUUCGCGAUUACAGCAAAAGAGAAGCCUCCUCUACGCCUAUACUUGACUCAAAAGAGGCUGAUAAGUAUAUAAAAAUGGUCAAAGAGCAGCAGCAGAGAGGAUUGCAGAAGUUGAAAGGAGAGAAACAAGGGAAAGGAAAGGGUGGUUUUAGUUAUAGGGUUGACCCGUAUUUGCUUAAUUCUGGGGACUAUGUUGUGCAUAAGAAAGUUGGAGUUGGGAGGUUUGUUGGGAUUAAGUUUGAUGUUUCUAAGAGUUCUACUGAGCCAAUUGAGUAUGUUUUUAUUGAGUAUGCUGAUGGUAUGGCUAAACUUCCUGUUAAGCAGGCUUCAAAAAUGCUUUAUCGAUAUAGUUUGCCAAAUGAAAAGAAAAGGCCUCGGACAUUGAACAAAUUGAAUGAUACUAGUACAUGGGAGAAAAGAAAGACGAAAGGAAAGAUUGCAAUUCAGAAAAUGGUUGUCGACUUAAUGGAGUUGUAUUUACAUAGGCUAAAACAAAGAAGACCUCCCUACCCAAAAAGUCCUGUCAUGGCUGAAUUUACUGCUCAAUUUCCUUAUGAGCCCACACCAGACCAAUUUCAGGCUUUCAAUGAUGUUGAGAAGGAUUUGACUGAGAGAGAAACUCCAAUGGAUCGAUUAAUCUGUGGGGAUGUUGGAUUUGGUAAAACAGAAGUUGCUUUACGUGCCAUCUUUUGUGUGGUCUCAGCAGGAAAGCAAGCUAUGGUUUUAGCACCAACAAUUGUUUUAGCCAAACAACAUUUUGAAGUUAUCUCAGAGAGGUUUUCCAAGUAUUCCAAUAUCAAGGUUGGACUUCUGAGUCGGUUUCAGACCCAAUCAGUAAAAGAGAUGUACUACGAGAUGAUUAAGCAGGGCGAUUUGAACAUUGUUGUGGGGACACACUCACUUCUUGGAAGUCGUGUUGUUUAUAAUAAUCUUGGCCUUCUUGUCGUUGAUGAAGAACAGAGGUUUGGUGUUAAACAAAAGGAGAAGAUUGCUUCUUUCAAGACUUCAGUUGAUGUCCUUACUCUUUCUGCAACACCUAUACCUCGGACACUUUAUUUAGCAUUGACCGGAUUUCGUGAUGCGAGUUUAAUUUCAACUGCACCUCCAGAAAGAGUUCCUGUAAAGACCUUUCUUUCUGCAUACAGCAAAGAAAAAGUAAUAUCAGCAAUUAAAUAUGAGCUCGACCGUGAUGGCCAAGUAUUUUAUGUCUUGCCUCUCAUAAAAGGGCUUGAAGAAGUUAUGGAUUUUCUUGAACAGUCAUUUCCAAAGGUUGAAAAAGCUAUUGCGCAUGGAAAGCAAUAUUCAAAGCAGCUUGAGGAGACCAUGGAGAAAUUUGUACAAGGUGAAAUUAAGAUUCUCAUAUGCACAAACAUAGUGGAAAGUGGACUUGACAUCCAAAAUGCAAACACCAUUAUAAUUCAGGAUAUUCAACACUUUGGCCUAGCACAGUUGUAUCAGUUACGCGGAAGAGUAGGCCGGGCAGAUAAGGAAGCUUAUGCACACUUAUUUUACCCUGAUAAGUCACUGCUGUCUGAUCAAGCAUUGGAGAGGCUCAAAGCUCUUGAGGAGUGCAAAGAACUUGGCCAAGGUUUCCAACUUGCAGAGAGAGACAUGGGUAUAAGAGGCUUUGGAACCAUCUUUGGCGAGCAACAGACUGGGGAUGUUGGGAAUGUAGGCAUUGAUCUCUUCUUUGAAAUGCUUUUUGAGAGUUUAUCUAAGGUUGAAGAACAUCGUGUAGUCGCUGUUUCUUAUCAGUCUGUACAGAUUGAUUUAAAUGUGAACCCUCAUCUUCCUUCUGAUUACAUAAAUUACCUAGAGAACCCUAUGGAAAUUAUUAGUCAAGCUGAGAAGGCUGCGGAGAAAGAUAUUUGGAGCUUGAUGCAAUUUACAGAGAGUCUGCGCCGCCAAUAUGGAAAGGAGCCAUACUCCAUGGAAAUUCUGUUGAAGAAGCUUUAUGUAAGGAGAAUGGCAGCAGAUCUUGGGAUAAGAAGAAUUUAUGCUUCAGGAAAGAUGGUUGGCAUGAAAACAAAUUUAAGUAAAAAGGUUUUUAAGCUGAUGAUAGAUUCAAUGACAUCAGAUGUUCAUCGAAACUCUCUGGAAUUUGAUGGAGACCAAAUAAAGGCCGAACUUCUUCUAGAGCUACCAAGAGAACAACUACUAAACUGGAUCUUUCAGUGCUUGGCGGAACUUCAUGCUAGCCUCCCUGCCCUAAUAAAAUAUUAGUUUACUGUACAGAAUCAGCUGUUUGUUUCUGAUAUUCCAUUUCUAAGCUAAUCAAAGACUGCACAGAGUGAUCAUAAAGAAGGAAACUAUGCAUCUCCAAUUGCAAUGCUUUGCAUUCAUUCACCUUCCUGGUCUCAAGUGCCCUUUUAAAGUCCAUGCAAUGUCAUCGACGAUCAAAACCAAGCUCCAAACAAACACGUAUCGGUGGUAGCUGAUUAGGACUAUGCAGGUGUAAUAUUUGAAGCUUUGCAGGUUACAUAAGACUGCAAUGGUGCAAAGGUGGCGGCUGUUUAAGUCGUAUUUCUACUUCGGAGAGGAAGUAUCCUCUCGUAGAAGACUGCAUAGAUGAAUGACAAGUCAUGCACAUUUUCACAGUAUAACCAAGAUCAAAUCUAAUAAUAUUUUUCUUUUUGUACCAUCAUUAUCGAUAACAAGCUUAGCGACGAUGAUUUGCAGAAUCCAGCUGGAAUAUACUUGCUUUACAUGUAUGUAGAUUACAGAAAUGCCAAAAAAUUAAAUAGUGAAAAAGAAUGUACUGUAUGCUGCAAAUAGUUGAUGCUGAUUACUGAUUAGAAUGUCUUUAUUUUCCUUCACAAAUGGAAAUGUUGAGGAGGAAAGAACUACUGACUGUAAUCAUUACCACUUUAGCAUCUGUUUGAUAUGUAUGUCAUUUUUUUUUUCUUC